CACUGGGAUGAUGGAUGUACACCACCACACCGGACAUUUCACGGGGGUUCUGCUGACCCAAACGCAGCUCCUUGUUCCUGCUGGACUUAUUCCAUGGGAACAAGACCAGACCAACAAGCAGAAGAACCCAGCUGCCGUCCUCCAUACCACCUUGCCUGAACACUUCUUACACCUCUUCCAUAUCCUGAACCUCUGAGACCAUCACUUAAACCUUGUCUUUGGCUGUGACACCAGAAGAUUCCCUAUGUUGGAUGCACAUCACCUCAGUGGCCACAGAUCCACUGUACACAGACUUCCGGAGGAGCAUGCUGAACUCUGUGUAACCCUGUGCUAUGAAAGCUGUCAUUGAGGUACUGUUAUCCCUUCACCAUCACACAUGGCUAUCCAAAGAUCCCCAAAGGAGACUGUCCUCAUUACAGGAGGAGGUGGAUAUUUUGGCUUCCGCCUUGGCUGUGCUCUGAACCAGAAAGGAGUCCAUGUGAUCCUGUUCGAUAUUAGUAGCCCUUCCCAGAGCCUUCCAGAAGGAAUCACGUUUGUACGUGGAGACAUCCGCCACCUCUCUGAUGUGGAGACAGCCUUCCAAGAUGCUGACAUCACAUGUGUAUUCCAUAUUGCCUCUUAUGGUAUGUCUGGGCGGGAGCAGCUGAAUCAAACCCUGAUUGAAGAAGUCAACGUGGGUGGCACGGACAAUGUCCUCCGGAUCUGCCAGAGGAGAGGAGUGCCCAGGUUAGUUUACACAAGCACAUUCAAUGUCGUCUUCGGAGGUCAAGUCAUCACAAAUGGGGAUGAGUCACUGCCCUACCUGCCUCUCCAUCUUCACCCAGAUCACUACUCCCGAACCAAAUCCAUCGCAGAAAAGAAGGUGCUAGAAGCCAAUGGGUUAGCCCUGGACCAAGGCAAUGGGGUCCUCCGAACCUGCGCACUGAGGCCAGCCGGUAUCUACGGGCCUGGAGAGCAAAGGCACCUUCCCAGAAUAGUGAGCUACAUCGAGAGAGGCCUGUUCAAAUUCGUGUAUGGGGAUCCCAGCAGCCUGGUUGAGUUUGUCCACGUGGAAAACUUGGUUCAGGCUCAUCUUCUGGCCUCUGAAGCUCUGAAAGCUGACAAGGAACACAUUGCCUCUGGGAAGCCCUACUUCAUCUCAGAUGGCAGACCGGUGAACAACUUCGAGUUUUUCCGGCCACUGGUAGAGGGCCUGGGCUACGAGUUCCCGACCACCCGCCUGCCACUCACCCUCAUCUACUUCUGUGCUUUCCUGAUAGAGGUGGUGCACUUCAUUCUGGGUAGACUGUACAACUUCCAGCCCUUCCUCACCCGCACCGAAGUCUAUAAAACUGGCGUCACACAUUACUUUAGCUUAGAGAAAGCCAAGAAGGAGCUUGGCUAUGCCCCUCAGCAGUUUGGCCUGCAGGAGGUGGUGGAAUGGUUUAAGGCCCACGGUCAUGGCAGAAGUGCUGAAGGUCAGGACUCCGGAUGUCUUCUUUGGGAUUGGGUGUUGGUCUUUCUCUUGGCUGUGUCCUUUCUUACUUGGUUCCCUCCAUCCACGACUGUGUCAGCAUGAAGAGGGAGCAGACAUCAAAGCAGAUCCCAGAGGCUGCUGCGAUUUUCAAGAAGUGCCACACUCUUGUCUCCAUGUCACUGCUUAGGGAUGGGUUCUUGGACUAAAUCUUUCUUCUUUUGUCCCAGUGCAGGAAAUAAGGGAGUAAAUAAGAACAAAAGUAAGUUUGAAGUUUAGUUUCUGUGUCCUUGAACCCUUACCUGGGUGGGCUGUAAGUCACUUGGGAGGCAAAGAGGGGGCUUAGUUGGGUUGGAGAUAUAUUCUUUGAAUAUCUCAAAAGCCAAAACUGCACUUGUUUCCAUUCCACAAACUGUGUGUACAUAAGAUUGACUAACCCUCAGACUGGCAUGGAAAUAGCAAAAACUAACAGGCUUGAAAAAUGUAAAAAAUAAAAGAUAAAACAAAAAUCA